GGAAAUAAUGGUGGCUUGUGGCAGCGUGAUCCGGAGGAUAUGAGGCCGGGGCGUGCUGCUGGACGUCAGUGUCGCCCCAACCACCUUCUGUGUCGCCGGUUGCUGUACCUCUCGUCGCUCCUCUUCUCGUCCCCUAUCAUCAUCUUUUAUCGAACCUCAUAGGAGCAGCAAGAAGCAGCAGCAGCAGCUAUGGGCAAGUGUGUGGCAUAUGUUGCAGCAGCAGUGGUGUGCAUCGGCAUAGGGGCGUUGGUGGCUGGUUUGGCCGUGUGGUACACCCACCCACAGAUGCUCGAGGACUCCCCUAACGAGAGCCGGACGGCGAUGUGUGUAUUGUCUGGGACGACCAAGGGCAGUGAAGUGAGCGGCACUCUAACUCUGAAGCAGAACGGUCCCAAGGUCUUCACCCACAUCACAGGGAACGUCUCCGGUUUGUCUGUUGGCCUCCACGGAUUCCACGUACACGAGUUCGGUGUGAAUGGAGCCAACGAAGCAUGUGUGGAUGCUAAGGGCCACUACAACCCAGAUGGCUACAACCACUCCGCCCCUAAUGCCACUCAGCGCCAUGUAGGCGACCUGGGUAACAUUGAGAGCUUUCCCAACGGAACAGCUCUUGGCACUGCCAUUAUUGAUAUCAAGGACAGUAUUAGCAUGUUUGGGAUGCGGUCCGUUGUGGGACGGUCCAUUGUGAUCCACGAGAAUAGGGACGAUCUUGGUCUAGGCAACAAACCAGACUCCCUCACCACUGGCAAUGCCGGCAGUAGGCUGGCCUGCUGUAACAUCUACAUCGUCCCGAACCCUACCAACUAGACAACAGCAGAUUCUUGACUUGUGCAAAAAAUCUACAUCGUCUAACAACUCUGCCAACUAGAAAACAGCAUAUUCUUCACUUGUGCAAAAUCUACAUCGUCCAGAACCCUGCCAACUAGAAAACAGCAUAUUCUUUACUCGUGAAAAAAUCUACAUCAUCUACAACUCUGCCAACUAGACGAAGACAGUAGAUUCACCCUGGGGUAAUUACUCUUGAAAGAUGUACAAUCAUCGAUGGAUUUUGGUAGAUCUCAGACUC